AUGCAUACGCCGUUUCGUGUCGCCGCCGCCGCCGUGCUCUGCUCAGCCACGCUGCUGCUAACAACCGUCCUUACCACCGACGCAAUAAACACCACCGCGCCGUCGUCCUGCGACCCGGCGGCGUGCGGGGGCCUGCGCAUCGCCUACCCGUUCUGGCUCGCCGGCACGCACCUGCCGGAGUGCGGCUACCGGGCCUACCAGGUCAGCUGCGACGGCAACGGCACGGCCUCCCUCAAGAACUCCCUCUGGACGUACCAGAUCCGGGAGAUCAAUUACGGGGACGACAACGGCACCUUCCGGAUCACCAACGCCCAGCUCGCCGACGGCACCUGCGACAUCGAGCUCCGCGUGAACGCCUCCUCCGACCUCGGCCUCGCGCCAUUCACCAUCAGCGCGGCUAACCACCAGCUCUUCUUCCUCUACAACUGCACCCACCUACGGGCGCGGCCGCCGCCGCCUACGUGGGCUCACGUGAACUGCGCCAACGGCCCGCUCAAUGACUCGUUCGCGUUCCUCGCCGACCGGUACAUGCCCGAAGACAAAUGGGGGGCGGUGCCGGGAAACUGCACGGUGUCGAUGAUGCCGGUGCUGGGCUACCCAGGGGCGGCCGGAAAGGACUACCGGCGGUUGAUGACGGACGGCUUCCUUCUGCAAUACACGGUUGACGACUGUGCGGGGUGCGUGGACAGCGGAGGGCUUUGCCGGGUUAACACCGUCUACGACAUCUUAGAGUGUCACUGCCCCGACGGCGUGUCCGACUUCAACAUCUGCGGCGAGGUAGGAAUGGUGCGGCGAGCCAUCAUGUUGCGGGUGAAGGCAAGGAAUGAGCUCGCCGGAGGUAAGAAUGGCACGGCGAGCCAUGAUGCCAGAGGUAGGAAUGGCGCGGCGAGCCAUGGUGUCAUGGGUGAAGGCAAGGAAAUGACUUCACCAUAUGUAGGAAUAGCGAGACGAGCCAUGAUGCCAGAGGUAGGAAUGGCACAGCGAGCCAUGAUGGCAUGGGUGAAGGCAAGGAACGACCUUCACCAUAUGUAG